GCUUGCUGGUAUGAAUUUGAUAACUGCCGUGUAUUGAACAAUCAGUUUUUAUCUGUUGCAAUUAAAGAUAGGUCCGUUUUCAGCAAAAUCCCAAAAUAAUAUAGCUUAUUCGCUGGAUAAUAAUUCUUAAAUCAAUCACCAUCAAAAUGCGUUUAAGCCCGACGGAUCCCAGUUCAUAUUCAAAUGCCCAUGAGCUGAUUAUUCAUCACGUGGACCUUGAUUGGAAGGUUAACUUCGAAAAGUGUACUAUCUCUGGGAAGGCUGCGCUACAUUUCAAAACUCUGAAAGAUGACGUUGAAGAAAUUUUUCUAGAUUCUAGCGAGCUGAAAAUCAUAUCCAUAACGGUCAAAACAUCUGCAGGUGAGAUACCGUUGAGUUGGGAUAUCGGAGCACACGUCGAGAAUAUUGGCUCAAAACUUACAGUAUACUUACCCUCAAAGACGUCCGGUGAACUGGUGGUAGUAGUUGAGUACGAGACGGAUCCGAAGGCAAGCGCCCUCCAGUGGUUAACGGCUGAACAAACAUGCGGGAAAAAGCAUCCGUAUUUGUUUAGCCAAUGUCAAGCGAUCCAUGCUCGAUCAGUACUACCUUGUCAGGACUCACCAGCCGUUAAAUUCACCUACAAUGCCACGAUUCACCAUCCGUCGAACGUUAUUGGUUUGAUGAGCGCGGUUAAAAAAGCUUCGAAACCAAAAGUUUCGUACUUUGAACAAAAAAUACCCAUUCCAAGCUAUUUACUGGCCAUUGUUGUCGGUGCACUUGUGGAGAAAACAAUCGGCCCCAUCUCCAGCGUUUGGGCAGAAAAAGAGCAAAUUGAAGAGGCGGCGGAAGAGUUCUCCCAAACAGCGGAUUUCAUUUCCAAAGCCGAAGAAAUAUGUGGACCAUACGUGUGGGGGCGCUAUGAUCUUCUGGUCAUGCCACCGAGCUUCCCAUUUGGUGGAAUGGAAAAUCCAUGUCUCACGUUUGUGACACCUACUCUUCUGGCUGGCGACAAGUCACUGGCAACGGUGGUUGCGCAUGAAAUUGCCCAUAGCUGGACGGGCAAUUUGGUGACUAAUAGAAACUUUGAGCAUUUUUGGUUGAAUGAAGGAUUUACGGUUUUUGUCGAGCAAAAAAUUGUUGGGCGGUUGUUCGGUAGUGCGGUACGGGACUUCCAUGCUUUACAUGGAUUGAGUGAGCUGACAGAUUGUAUAAAAACGCAACUGUCGGCAACUCCGGAACUGACGAAGUUGGUAGUGGAUCUAAGCGAGUGUUCUCCCGAUGAUGCCUUUUCUACAGUACCCUACAUUAAAGGAUCUACUUUUUUGCGUUACCUCGAAGAUUUGUUUGAUGGACCGGCAAAGUUUGAACCCUUCUUUAGAUCUUACCUCAAUAAGUUCAAGUAUCAAUCGGUUUUGACUAGCGAUUUUAGGACGGCUUUGUACGAAUGGUUCCGGGCCGAUCCAGCUAAUGAAGUUUUGUUGGAGCGCAUUGAUUGGGACCAGUGGCUUUUUGGUCAGGGUUUGCCACCGGUGAUUCCAAACUAUGAUCGAUCCUUACUGGACGCUUGUAAAAAGCAUGCUACACUGUGGGCGGAUAACGAACUUGACAGCAUCAAAUCUUCUUCAAUACUGACGGAGAAACUGACUAGUAUUCAAACUAUCGAAUUUUUGGCGCAGUUACUGGAUAAAAAGAAAAUCAAAGAUUUAACAUCGGAGAAAAUCGAAUUGCUUGGUCAAACAUACGACCUUCAUGCAACCCGAAAUUCUGAGUUGCGCUUCAGAUUUGUUCGUUUGUACAUUCGCGCUAGGAUGAUGGAUAAAAUGGACGAAAUUCUGAGCUUUUUGAAUAGCAACUUCCGCAUGAAAUUUGUUCGUCCAAUCUACAAGGAACUAGCCGGCUGGCAAGAAGCUAAACCAAUUGCUGUUGCAAACUAUAACAAAGUUAAAGAUCAGAUGAUGUCUAUGUGUGCCUACGGCGUUUCCAAGGAUUUGGACAUUUGAAAUGAUAUUAAAUAUUAAUAAAAUGUAUCGAACUUGUUAAA